GAAAUAUUUGCUGUGUCUCAGGGGAUUGUAGGAAUACGAGGAGUUUUCAGCAACAAAUUUUUAGCGAUGUCAAAAAAAGGAAAACUCCAUGCAAGUGCCCGGUUCACAGCAGACUGCCAGUUUCGGGAGCGCUUCCAGGAGAACAGCUACAACACCUAUGCCUCAGCUGUCCACCGCAGCCCGCGCUCGGGCCGCCAGUGGUAUGUGGCACUCAACAAGAGGGGCAAAGCCAAGCGGGGCUGCAGCCCCCGUGCCCGGCCCCAGCACGUCUCCACGCACUUCCUCCCACGCUUUUGGCAGCCCCAGCCCCCCGAGCUCGCCUUCACUGUCACCCUCCCUGAAAAGAAGCCACCACCACCACCGAAACUGAAGGUCGCCCCAUCUCCGCCUCGGAAAAACCCCGGCCCUGUCAAGUACCGGCUGAAGUUUCGCUUCGGGUAGUGUGCCAUGACGAGGAUGCUGGUGCAGGAGAGAUGGGGCACCUGGGCAGCUUUUGGGGGUGACCCUGUGGGACACCUGAGUUCACCCUCUCUGGACAGAUGCAGGGAGGGUCUGGGUAGCUGUAUUGGGCUUGGGGUCUUAUCUUCACCCCAGAGCCCAGACAAGCAUCCUCAGAGGCGUUGCUGGGAUGACAUAACUUGGGCUUUCCAAAGACUAUUCCUGUGGUGAACAGAAAACAUUUGAUGGACCUUGGGUUAACUUUCUGUUGUUGAACGAAGCAGAAAGUACCUCUAUGGUGAACGUAUUUUCCUACCUUAUUUUCACUAGUGACUCUUUUGACAAUCAUUUUCAUACAAGCGAUAAGUUCAGAGCCAACCUAUUGGGUUUUUUUUUCCUGUUUUUUUUCCUCUCCUUUUUGCUGCACUUUUUUCCUCUGACCAUACCUCAGACACUGUAUAUCCACUGUAUAUCUACCCCUUUCCCUUCUCUUACAAACCAGCUUCUCCCUUCCACAACAAAACAAGACCAAGUUCGACCAAUUAAUUCACCUUAUCUGUGGUGCAAGGGCAUCUUAAAACUCUUUGUUGGCAAUAAUAGAUUUUUUUUUUUUUUGAGAGAGAGAGUUGCAGGCUUGGGGAGGGUGGCUGUUUGCAGCCUCGCUCCUGGUGGUCUCCCUCGUUCUUCACUGGACAGCUGGAGGAGCAAGUCUCUUCCUGUCCAUCAAAGUAUGGCUUCGAUGUCUGUGUUUAAAAUACCUCUGCCCUGGCCCCAUGGCAUUCCUGCUUUCAUGGGGAGGGAGCUGGGCUGAGACCCCUCCCUGGGGGGUGACUGGGGGGAGCCCCUCUGCACCCCUGUUCCCAGGGGAUGGGGAUGCCUUUGGCCCCUGGGUGCCCAAUGUUUUUUCUUCCAACAGUUUGUGCUGCUGAUUUAUGUUAUCAUUCACAGUACACUUACAGAGGGGGGGAAAGGGUUUUAUUUUAUAGUGAGUAUGGCAACGUGGCAAUAAAUGCUAUUACAGCUACUUCUACCUUUGGAAGUAUUUUUUCCCACUUACGUUGCCCUAUGGCCCUAACUCUCAAAUUGUUUCUCUGUUGUGGUGUUAUCUGUGGAGUAAUUGUGCGUAUGGAGUUUUUAAUUGGCAUUUCGCUGUGUUGCAUACAUACAGAAAAUGGUAGCAUUGAACCUCACCAGUUAAGCCUUAAUAUGAGCCCAGGUGGACUCGCAUUAGCAAAACCCCUCCCAGCCUAGCCCUGCUAGUGUCGAGCAGCAAUAAUGAGGGCAGGCAGCGCUGCCGAUCCUUUUCUCCAAAUCUGGUCAUGGUACAAAUGGCUAUUUCCAUUGAAAUUGUGGUUCUUUGCCCAUCAUUUUUCAGGGCAGCCCCUGGCCAGAUGCAUCCACUCCAUGCUGCAGGAAAUGCUUUUGCACAAGGGCACAUGCUCCAUGUGUGGGGAUGGAUGGGAGGCUGGAAUAAAAUA